AUGUUCCAGCCACAUCCCGAGGAGCACCUACACCUGCGACUGCAUAGGGCGCGGUCCGUGGUGCUCACGUCGGAAGAGCUCGUCGAAAUCCGCGCCGCCCAGCGCACCUUCGAGGGCGCCUACAUGCGCACCGCCCUCGGGCAGUUCUCCUUCGCCCUCGUCGUCCUCAAGAUCUUCACCGAGGAGUUCUACGCCAUCGGCGCCCUCUUCGCCGCCUACGGCGCCGCCGUCCUCCUCGUCGCCGUCCACCGCCGCUACCAGGGCCAGCGCCAGUUCUUCACCCACGAGGGCGCCGACGGCGUCGCCCGCCGCCGCUUCAAGACGAGCGGCGACACCGUCCUCCUCAUGACCGCCCUCAGCCUCGCCGCCUACGCCACCCUCCUCGUCCUCACCUGGAACCUCGUCUGA